CCAACACAACUUCAACACCCCACCAACAACCACCAAAAAAGUCUAUAUCUCUCCCCAAAAAUGGCAGAACAAAGCAUCAAGUCGCUCUUCAGCUCCGCAGAGCGUCAAAGAAAGGAUAUCGAGGCUGUAUGGGACAGCAACACCGCCACCUACCAACAAAACCUCGCCGCUGCCAUCUCCACCUACGAAGACUGCCUCAAGCUUGCAGACCGUCUCUCGCUCUUCAGUCCUAAUGAAACUCUUGAGGAUCUUACCUCAGGAGACCUGCAGUACCUGCUCAUCAAUUACCGCCUCGCCGACCUCAUCAUCCGCCUCAGCUCCAAAAACCGCAAAAACACCCUGCAAGAAGCUCGCGAAGCAUACGAACGAUACCUAACCCUCCUAGACCACUACGAAAUUCUCUCAACACCAGACAAGAAGCUCUACAAUGAUUACACCGAAGCCCCCACCAAGUUCUCCACAAUCUCGACCAAAGACCCCAAUGCGCGACGAGACGCGAAGAUAGCAAAUUUCAAGCAGGAAAAAGAGUUAAAGAAGAAGCUAGAGUUCCUGUCGCAAAAUCCAGCAUACCUGCAGAAUGACGAUGAUGCGGUCCGCGAGCUUCAACUGGCAAAUGUUGCCCUCUGCACACAUAAUACAUUCCAAUCGCUCGAAUCUAUGAACCGGGAGCUUGGAGUUCUGGCUAUGGCUCCUCCGUCUGCACCAACAGGCCCAGAACAGCUCGAGAGAGAUUUCAGGGAACGGAUGGGAUUGCGUGACAAGGAUGAAUAUUCGGAGCGUCUGGAUAGUCGAGAUGCAUUAUCGAGCGCCACGAACAAGGGCCCAAUAUUGAGUUCGAGUGGGAAGCCAUUGCGGCCGUUUACGCUGUUGGACAGCAGAAAGACGUUGCAGGAGGGUGUAUUUAGACCAGGGCAUAAUCUACCGACUAUGACGAUUGAUGAGUACUUGGAGGAGGAGCGGGCCAGAGGGGGCAUUAUUGAGGGUGGUGGGGAGACGAGUGGGUUAAGUCCAGAGCCAGACGAGGAUAAUUUUGAGAAAGCGGAUGUGGAGACGCUGAAGGCAAGGGAAUGGGAUGAGUACGUGGAGGCAAAUCCGAAGGGCUCUGGAAAUACAUUGAACAGAGGAUAGAAAAUUAAAUUCAUAUUAUGAAGUUUUAAAUCAUAGUUGAUUUUCCUCAUUGCAUAAU